AUGUCCCAAGGUUGAUGGCAGUCACUUCCGCAUUCCCAUGAGUCCUCGGGGCCAGGCAUGCCCACUGUGUGACCAUCUCCCUCUCUCUCAACAUCUUUGUGCGUAUACACACGUGUGGACUUAACACAUCGGUUACAAAGCAAAGGGGGACAUUUCGCUCAGACGUGGUUUGACGAUGGGUGAGAACGUGGAGCGGCUCCUGAUUCAGUUUCAGGACGAGAAUGGGCAGAUACUGGGCUCCUCUUUUGACAUACCUCUCGACAUUACUCAGGAGAAACUGCAGCUAGUCUGCAAUGCCUUGCUGCAGAAGGAGGAGCCGGUGCCGCUGGCGUUCUUCGCUCGUGGUGACACUGAGAUCGUAUCCAGCCUGGGCGCCUGCAUUAAGAAUCUGGGAUGGGAGACGGAGCAGGUGCUGCCGGUGCUGUACCAGCCCCAAGCCGUGUUCCGGGUGCGAGCCGUCACCCGCUGCACCAGCACGCUCCAGGGGCACACCGAAGCCGUCAUCUCCACUGCUUUCAGUCCCACCGGCAAAUAUUUGGCCAGCGGGUCCGGUGACACCACUGUGCGCUUUUGGGACUUGAUGACAGAGACGCCGCAUUACACUGCCAAAGGUCACUCACAUUGGGUUCUGAGCAUCGCCUGGUCACCUGAUGGCAAGAAGCUUGCGUCGGGGUGCAAAAACAGUCAGAUCUUUCUGUGGGAUCCAGUGACAGGCACACAAAUGGGGAAGACCCUGACUGGACACAGCAAGUGGAUCACUUGGCUUUGCUGGGAACCACUUCACCUCAACGCUGAGUCCCGCUACCUAGCGAGCAGCUCCAAAGACGGCUCGGUGCGCAUCUGGGACGUGGUGCUGGGGCGCUGUGACAAGAUCCUGACGGGCCACACGCAGUCGGUCACUUGCGUCAAAUGGGGCGGCGACGGACUGCUAUACACAUCGUCGCAGGACCGGACCGUCAAAGUGUGGCGGGCCAAAGAUGGGGUCCAGUGCAGGACGCUGCAGGGCCACGCCCACUGGGUCAACACGCUGGCUCUCAGCACCGACUACGUGCUAAGGACCGGCGCCUUUGAACCGGCCAACGCCACUGUCAACCCACAGGAUCUCACAGGAUCACUGGAGGAACUUAAGGACAAAGCCUUGCAGAGAUACAACAAUGUUCGGGGUUCCAAUCCGGAGCGCUUGGUGUCAGGCUCGGACGACUUCACUUUGUUCCUGUGGAAUCCCGCCGAGGAGAAGAAGCCUCUCGCCCGAAUGACGGGCCACAGCGCCCUGGUCAACGAGGUGCUCUUCUCCCCAGACACCCGCCUGCUCGCCUCGGCCUCCUUCGACAAGUCCGUCAAAAUCUGGGACGGUCGCACCGGGAAGUACUUGAUGUCCCUCCGUGGCCACGUGGGCUCCGUGUAUCAGGUGGCGUGGUCAGCCGACAGCCGGCUGCUGGUGAGCGGCAGCAGCGACAGCACGCUCAAAGUGUGGGACGUCAAGAGCGGGAAGCUCAACAUGGAUCUCCCGGGACACGCCGAUGAGGUAUUUGCUGUGGAUUGGAGUCCCGACGGACAACGAGUGGCCAGCGGCGGCAAAGACAAAUGCCUCAGAAUAUGGAGAAGGUAGCCAAAAUGGCCGCUACCCCUAUUCCAUUCCUGUCAAGAGAUUGGAGAGCUGGAGUAAAGGUGCUUUACUUAAAAAAAAAAAAUGUUGUCAUGGCAACUCACCGACACAAACAAGGUCAGAAUAUAAGGGACUUGGGUGGAAUGUGUCGGUGACAGUCUGUGACAGUGACUGCUUAUGAUUCCCCCCACGGCCUCAGCGUUUAAUCUCCUUUGUUAAAGCCUCAAGCUUGCAGAACUGCAAUCGAUUCACACGUCCAUGACCCCCAAUAACUCCCGCUAAUAAACGUACGUCAUAGAUUUUCCAUUUAACACAGCAAUGUUUAUUACGCCAUUAAAAGCUCCAUUUCAUACCUGAUGUCAUUUAACAGUCAAAACAUUAAACAGUCACACACACAUAAAUGGGAGUAAUGUUCUCAUGCAAAACAGGGCUCAUGAUUUUAGUUUGGCAAAUUAAAAAAGGGAGGGACUCUGAAGGCAUCCUCUCGAUUGUGGCGUGAUUGACCCCCCCCCCCUUACCAAGAGUAGAAAACCGUUCACCUAACUUGAUAGAAAAGAACAUGAAGGAAACAUGAAAACACGAAUGAUAAGGAUCGAGAAAUGGGCAGCGAUAUAAAGACCCUCGCACCAUGUUUGUUUUUACAAACUCUGGAUUUUGCUCUCAAAAUGGCCACUUGAAACAAAAAGGCGGACCACCUUGAAUUUCUGUUUUCAAAACGCUGUGUUGUAAUAGCGCAACAAGAAUGAGUAUCGAAUAAAACAGACAUAAUUAGCAUGUGGCUAAUAUACAAAUCGACAGCGCCAUAAUAACGAAUAACGGUUGAUGAAAAAUAAAAAGUGAUAUCUUAAAGCUAUCCGUGCCGUCUUCUUCGGAUAAUCCUGAAAAGGAGUUGCGUGUGAAAGUCUGUUAGCACUGACCAAGACAGACUUAGCAUGUUGCUAAUGAAAAAUUAUAUAAAAGCAGCGUGUAAUGUGAAAAUGAUGUGUGCUGGCUUCGAGGUUUUUUAAGCUUCACGUGUACUUCUACAACCAUAACAUGAAAUCAAAAGAUUUGACUUAUUAGCCAAGCAGCUAAUAGAUCAUUCCCCACCCAAAAAGCAGCAUGAAUCAACUUAGUGGUCACCAAAAAGUGACCAAAAAACAGACCUUGGUAACAAAGGACUUUGUGCAUGUGUUUUUCCCCAAAACCAAAAAACAGUGUGCUCACCAACAUCCUCCAAACAGAAUAAAUAAUAUCAAUUAAAAACCCAAAGUAUUGGGGCUGUCAAAUGAA